AUGGCGACGAAGCUCUUGUUGGCCGCGCUCGCCGUCGGCGCUUCCGUCGGCGCCACCCCUGGCCGUCAUCACCAUGCCGCCGAGAUGGACAACCUCAUCACCUUUGGCGACAGCUACACCGAUGAGGGCCGCAGCGACUACUUCGUCCGCCACCACGCGGCGCCCCCCGAGGGCCUCGUGCUGCCGCCCAACAACGCCACCUUCAGCGGCGGCUACGCUUGGAGCCGCCUCGUGGCCCGCCGCACCGGCGCCGCCUCGUACAACUACGCCGUGGCCGGCGCCAUGUGCUCCGACGCCCUCGUCGACCGCUUCGCCGACAUCAUCGGCGGGCCAUUUCCUUCGGUCCUCGACUACGAGGUCCCGGCCUUUGAGGCCGACGUGGCCGACGCCGCCAACCGCCGCCGCAGAAACAACAGCAGCCACCACCGUGACGACGGCGACGGCUCCCGGCUGUUUCCGGACCGCCGCCGCCGCCGCGCCGACAACUCCGUCUACGCCACGCUUGCCUCGUUUGCCGACUGCGUCUGGGCCGUCUUCGACCGCCUCCACCACGCCGGCGGCCGCCGCUUCGUCCUCGUCAACCAGCUGCCGCUCGAGCUCGCGCCCAUGUACGCCCGGCCCGGCGUCUUCGGCCAGGGCAGCGCGCGCUUCCUGCGAGACCCAGCGGCGCACAACGUGACCGAGUUCCGCGACAAGCUGCGCCAGUACACGACGGCCGUCAACACCAUGUUCGAGUACGGCGUGCCCUUUCACCUGCGACGCUGGCCCGACGCCGUCUUUUCCCUCCUCGACGCCCACGCCAUUGUCACCGACGUCCACGCAGACCCAGCCGGUUACCUGGAUGCGCCGGCCAACGCGACCGCGCCAUACCGCCGCUGCACGCAGGCCUGUGUCAACGCUCCCGAGCCGCUCUCGAGCUUCGUAUGGUUUGACGAGUUGCACCCAUCGGAAAGAAUGCAGGAGAUUUUUGCCAAGCACUUCACCGACCUUGUCGUCCACGGACGCUCCAAAUACGGGAAGCGUUAUCACGGUUAA